AGUGCAGUGGAGUCAUUCCAGAAUUUUCGGGUUGUAAAAGAGAAGGAGAGACAGUCAUGCUUCACAAAGAAAAAGGCACAACGGCCAGACAGCGUAAAGAUUUCAGUUGCGCUUAUGAGACUGAUAGAGGGAGAGCUCAGACCUGUCAGAGGAACAUCUCUACCGCUUGCUGUGAAACCAGAGCUAGAUGCAGAGCAGUUGCACAAAGCUGCUGUACAAAAAAUGAAAGACUUCAACCAAAAUUUGCAAAGCAGAGCCUACUUUCUUCUCUACCCUGAUGGUGCAAAGAUUAUAAAUAUACCAGGAACAGAAAAGCCCUUCACUGUGAAAUGCUAUAAGGAGGCAUUGGGAAAGGCAUACCAGCGCAUUACAGUGUACAUUUGUCCAGUUGAAGAUUUUCUUACCCAUUCUAAGGAACCAAACUCAGAGAAGUCUGAUUCAGACUCAGAGGUGUUCAUUACAAGCAGAAGCGUUGCAGAAUUCAAUUCAGCUGACACAGUGCUAUGGGAACCAACUUUGAAUAGCACCAGUGCUGAUGACAGAGAAUCAUGUAUUGAUUCAGAAGUGGUCUUACUUUCUGACUCAGAAGGGGGCCCAGAAACAUCAAAACGUGCAAUGGAAACUGCAUGCUAUAGCAAAUACACCCAACUAUAUGCACCUACUGUAGUAGAGGAUCUGGACGACUGGAUGUACAGUAAUGAGGACAGUUGCGAUUUUGAAAAGGAUGCAGAGGUGGAAGAGGAAUCUGUGUCAAAUAUCAUUGCAAACCUGGCACUCCAGAUUGACCGCCAUGCCGUGAGCAGAUUUAACAUUUGCCGGUCUGACAUCUGGGAUGGGGCUGUCAGAGGAUUCAAGAGGGGAACAUUCUCUGAGGAAAAGGACCUCCUGGUAAGGUUUUCUGAUGAUGGAGGCAGAUUUGAGGAAGGUGUUGACACAGGUGGACCAAAGAGAGAAUUCCUCUCUCUUCUGAUGAAAAAGCUAAACCAACGACCCAUAUUUGAUGGACCUGCGGAGAGCCGCUACCUUGUCUACAAUGCAACAGCAAUCAGAGAAGAUGAAUACAGUUUGGUAGGGAAGAUGAUUGCUGUGUCGAUUGUACAUGGUGGGCCUGGCCCUAACUUUCUGUCAAGGGAUCUGGUUAGCCACAUUGCAGGGCAGUCCAGUUUCACCUCAUCCAUAAGAGACAUUACAGAUGAAGAAAUAGGGAAAGUGCUACAGCAGAUUGAGAAUGCAUCCUCAUUGGAGCGCUUGCGAGACCUGAUUGCACAGAACAGCAGCAUGUUGCAGACUGCAGGAUGCUUCAAACAUGUUAAAUCAGUGGAGGAAAAACACUUGAUUGUAAAGGAGUACCUCAGGUGGUAUAUAAUCGACAGGAACCACAGAGCAAUUGAAAGAUUCAAGGAUGGCCUUUCCAAGUUGCAGUUUCUAACUGCACUGCAGCAGCAUCCUACGGUGCUGGCCCCCAUUCUCUGCCAUUUGGAUGACAGAUUAUCUGCUGCAGAAAUUGAAAACCUGUUUCAGCCACAACUUAGUCCACAAGGAAGCAACAGGAGGAUCCAGGAGGACAAAGCAAGAAGUUUCUGGGCUGACUAUCUUCUUGAUUGUGAAGAAAACAACAGCUCAGCAACACUGGAGGAGGUCUUCAUGUUCGCGACAGGUGUGCCACACAUACCUCCUGCUGGCAUGGAUCCUCAGCCAUGCCUUCAGUUUCUCACCAGUUCAGACUUUCCUAUGGCAAACACAUGUGCCAACACUCUAAAGCUCCCACUUCUGGACAAUUAUACCAUCUUCAAGGCCAACAUGGACUUUGGGAUAAAGAAUUCCCCAGGCUUCGGGUGCUUUUAAAUAGCACUUUCUCCUUCGAAACAAACCUGUAAAAGGUAGACACAAAGUAGGUUAGUCUAGUCUGGUCACUAGACUGUCAAACUGUGUACAUGUUCUACUUCAUGUUAGGAAAAAAAUAUUUAGAUUUAGUUAUGUUUAUAGCAUUGGCCAGAAUUUUGGACCUGUUUUGCUAAUGUCCUUGUUUUUGUCAUGUGGUCUUUGUGACGCAGCUGGGUUUAGAGGACAUAACUUUUCUUUUUUUAAAUCAGUAUUGGAACAUAUUCCGUACUAAACGUCAGGAAAGUAAGGUGGAAGUCUAAUUUAUGAUUUUGUAGCAAUAAUGCCGAAUUCUUUAAUUUGUUGUAUUUUUUUGAGUAUACAUUUAAUGUACAUUUAAG